AUGGGGUUAAAUAUAAUGAUCACCAUAAAAUGCUUUGAUACCCUUAGUUCUUUUACCAAAAAUAUAUACUUAACACCAGAUAAAUAACGUCUAAAAUUACAAUAGUACUAGCUAUUUUAGUCACGACUGCACUUCAAAUUGUAUUCGAACACCAAAUGUAGUAAAUGAUCACCAAAUCUUAGCGAGCAAAUUAAUGCGCUAUUUCUGCCUAAAUAAACCACUAUGAUUGACAUAAAAUGUAGGCUUAUUACCAAAUGAAGCAUUAUGAUGCCAUAUUAAGUUAUGUCUGCGGCUUACGAUCCUCUCCCACCACACCGCAAGCGCCGCGCACGCCCGGACACGAUCGCCAAUUUAGUCGCGUGCGAGCACUUGCUUUUAUUGGGUGUGUUUUGAUAUCUAUCUUCUUUGCAAUGGCGAAUGAAAACUUAGCGGGACCGAGUUCGUGUGCUCCGCUGUUGAGUACUUCAUCGGAAUCAGAUGAAGACGAAUAUAAAAUCACAGAGCAUACGAAAAAACGUCGAAGGCAAAAUAAAGUUUGGGUUUUUGAAAGAAAAUUUAUAACUGUGCGGAGCGCUGAGGAAUUUAUCAAAAAUGAGAAGACCUGGUCAAUACAAAAAAUUCAUACGACUGAAGAAGGAGUAAAACGUUACUAUCGUUGUAACAAAGUGAAGCUUCGGGCUGAAAUUCAGUGUUCUGCCGCGAUUUAUCUUUUAUUUGACGCAUCGUGUGAUGAUAUAUUAUUAUUUCGUACUGAAACAUGUCACGACCAUGAAAAUUCUGACUGUCAGUCGACUAGGGGAAUAAAUGAGGCAACGAAAAAGGAAAUAGAAAAACUAUUCGAACUGCGUUUGAAACCUAAAUCUAUUAUGAAGAACUUAAGUAAAAUUAAUGGACUAGUUCUGCCGACUAAGUUACAGUUAAACAAUUAUCUUAAAAUCAUACGUAAGAAAAAAUACGGGCCAUCGGUAAUAAGCUUGGGACAGCUUGAAUUAUGGUUAAAAGAAAACUCUGAAAUACCUGAUGACGGUCACGAAGUUUUUGUUUUGGCGUAUGAAAUUUCUGAAGAUGAUUUAGAUCAGAACUUCCGGUUCAUGUUAACGACGAAAUAUUUAAUUGGUCUAUCACGCCAAUGUUCUGUUCUUCACGCGGAUGCCACAUAUAAGCUCAUUUGGCAAGGGUUUCCAGUACUUGUGAUUGGAACUACAGACAGAGAUAAACAUUUUCACCCAUUUGGAUUAGCUGUGACAACAGCUGAACGAACGGAAGACUUCAUAUUUUUAUUUUCCGCAUUAAAAAAAGCAGUUUUCUCAAUAUUUUCAUACACUUUAAGUUGUAAAGUUUUGGUCUGUGAUGCAGCGAAGGCUAUACAAACUGCCUUUGCGUGCACAUUUGGAACAGAUACAGUCAUAAGAAUGUGCUGGGCGCAUGCGAAAAAGAAGAUGCAAACAAGAGUAGAGCAAAGUGUGCAAAAGAAAUCCCAAAAAGAGAUCUUACAAGAUAUUGAUGCUUUACAGUGUGCCUCAACUCAGGAAAUAUUUGAUCGAGCCAGCGAAAAAUUUUUGGACAAGUGGAAAGCCGAAAAAGAUUUUGUUACAUACUUUGAAAAUGAAUGGCUAAUACUAAAUCGUUUCUGGUAUUUGGGCGCAUCUCUGGGGACUCCUGCUACAAACAAUGCUCUGGAAUCUUUCAAUAAAACAAUAAAAGAUGGUGGCACGCUUCGUGAGCGUCAUCCUUUGGCGCGGUUCUUAGUAAUUGCUUCUGAUAUAGUCAAGGACUGGUCUAAUGAAUACGUGAUUAAUAAUACUGAGAGACGGUUCGCUCAACUGCCGACAGUAUCUUUAAAGAUGUGGACAGAAAGUUACCAAUGGGCAAAACUGUCGAAGCAGGUGCCAUUAAAGAAUAGUACUGAGCUAGUUUGCUCAUACAGAAUUCCAGCUGGGUCGGAUUUAGAUUGCAAAAAUUAUGAAAAGCCAUGGGAGACCUUUGACGAAUACAAAGAGCAACAUUUUAGAGAGUGGGAAGUUAUAAUGCCCCGAGAAAAGGAAAAUUGGUUACACGGCACAUGCAAUUGCCCAAAGUUUCUCAAAGAUUACAUUUGCAAGCAUCUCGUUGGAUUGGCGAUUCGGCUUAAGCACGUCCAGCCACCUUCAGAGGCCAGAGCUAUUCCGAUUGGCAUGAAGCGCAAAAGAGGACGACCAGCCAAAGCUAAGAAAGCAUUAAUUGUGCAGUGAAUUAAUACAGAAGACUGAUUCUUCUUAAGAUUUUUUAAAUGCUUAUUAUUAGUUUAGUUUUAAGAUCUUUGAACUGUUUAUUAUUAGUUUUAAGAGGACUAUCUUUUUAAUGAUUGUUUCAAUAAUUAAAAAAGGGAUUAUUGAAAUUGUAAGAGUUUUAUUUUUUAUUUUAGGUAUAGCAUUUGGUUGUAAACGAAACGCUCAAGAUAAUUUUUUUUUGUAGUGGUUAAUCAAUUUGGAGACAAAAAGGUUAGGAGUAAAUUUACUUUACUGUGUUUGGCAAAAUAUUUUUUUUGCCGAGGGUAAUUUACUUUAAUCGGAUAACGAGAUUUUAUUUU